AUGAACCAAGAACAAAAAAGUAUAUCUGUGGUCGUAAAUGGAUUUGGGGGAUAUGAUGUUCUUAGUGUUGAAGAUUUCGAAUUGCUUUCGCUAGCCGACAAUAUCCAAGUUAAAGUGGAAUAUGGAGCUUUAAAUUUUGCUGAUUUGUAUACUAGAAAAGGUUUUAUGCCUAAUAAGAAAGCACCUUUUAUUUUAGGAAUAGAAUGUACAGGUGUUGUAACAAAAAUAGGCAAUAUUAAAAACUCAAAGUUUAAGGUAGGCCAGAGGGUAAUAUGUUACGAUUUUAAUGGAGGCUUAUAUAGGGAAAUUCUACACAUAAAUCCUAUGAGCUGUUUCUUAUUGCCUGAUUCAAUAGAUACCAAAUUGGGAGCAACUAUUUUUGUCAACUAUUUGACUGCUUACUUGUCAUUGAUAAAUAUUGGCAAUCUUCGAGAAAACGAGUCUGUACUUAUUUUAUCAUGCACAGGUGGCGUAGGUUCUGCAGCGGUUCAAAUAUCAAAAACGAUAAAUGGAGUAAAAGUUUUUGGUACAGGAUCCAAAAUAAAAGAAACAUUUGCAAAAGAAAAUGGAGUGGACACAUUCUACUGCAUUGAAACAUUUUCUGAUGAAGUUCAAGAUCAGAAGUUUGAUUUAAUUAUAUCAAAUGAAAGUGGUGCUAUGUUUACUUUUCUGCAGAGCCUUUUAAAACCUCUAGGAAGAAUUAUUUUAUUAGGUGCAAAUAAUAUGCUGCAACCGGCUCAAAAUACGGAUAGUUUAAAGACUGAUUGUGAUAGUGUUUCUUUAAUGUCGCUUUUGAUAAACAAUAGAAUUGUAGCAGGUUUACAUUUAGGAAUUCUUCUAGCUACAGAUCCAGAGAAAGUUCAUACCAUUUUGGAACACAUUUUUAAAUUAAUUGAGCAAAAAAAAUUGAAUCCUGUCAUACAUUCUGUAUGGAAAGUAUCCGAAAUCGUUGAAGCUACGAAAUUAUUGGAAGACAGAAAAAAUGUUGGGAAAGUUUUGAUAAAAAUAAGCAAGUAA